AGCAGAGUGGCGCAGUGGAAGCGUGCUGGGCCCAUAACCCAGAGGUCCGAGGAUCAAAACCUCGCUCUGCUAUUUCUAUUUUUUUUUCUUUCGCCACUCUCAUUGUAAGAGUUAAACUGCUGGGACAAAGUCACAACUCAUUAAAAAAAAAAAAAAAAAAAAAAAAAAAAAAAAAAAAAAACACGCAAGUUUUCAGUAAUGCUUUUUCUUUUACAGUUUAAUAUUAUCGUGAAAGACAUCGGUCAAGCACAAACAGUGAAUAACACCGGCGACAAAAUGCUGAUCAUCUGAUGCCGGAAGCGAAAAGUAAAAAAGGCUAAUGCAUAAGUUUAACAUUACUGUGUGUUUGUAUAGCGGAGUUCUUACUGAUGUUUUCAGCGGCCAGCGACGUUGUUUCAAAAAUUGGAAAUAGAGACCAGAUCCAGAAAAAAUUGGCAGCAUGAACUAAAACAAAUCUUUUCAUUUAUUAGAGACAAUAUCAGUGACAUCUUUGUGAUCGUUAACUUUGCCGCUAACGUCUUUCUGUUCGGUCAAGCGAGCUUCACUGCUUGUAAUGGCGUCAGUAGCCUGCAGCGGCUCUUUCAGAACGUUUUGAUUUAAUUGGACCCUAUGGACGGGUCGCAACUUUGUUUUUCGGGCUGGGGUCCAUUGUUAACUUUAUUUGUUCAUUGUUUUCUCAACCAAUCCCGUGAUAUCUCCCAAGAACUACAAGGUCGCCAGUAUCGCGCCGUCGAUCUGUAAAUAACCCGACGUGCAAAAAAAAAAAAAAACCAGGCAGCCUGGGUAUAUAUGCCGCAUUUCUGGCCUAAUAUGAGUAAAAAGUGGCAUGAAAAAGUCAAAAAUUAAAAGGGUAACUAUCGUAGUCGGCAGGAUUCGAACCUGCGCGGGGAGACCCCAAUGGAUUUCUAGUCCAUCGCCUUAACCACUCGGCCACGACUACUUCCGGUUCAUAAUGGGGUGGAUACCAGAGUAAUCGCGGGAAAAAACCCGGCUUUGUUAAGAGUUGUCCGAAGAAAAAACAAUAUGGCGAAAGGUUGUUCUUUCACUGCUCCUCACGUUAGCGAGAACUGUAGCAGUUCAAGGCUACAUAGAUCUAGAUCGCUAUCGGAUCUUGGUUUUUUUUUUUUGCGUUGUUCUCUAAGAGUCAAUGAGAUAAACCGACCCAAUAGUGAUUCAGAUAUUUGUUCAAAGGUGUUCAACAAACAGUGCCGUGGUGUGAGUAUGUGCCGUUUCUGUCUCUAAAUUUAGAAGGCGGGUGAAAACGUCAUUGCUGAGAUGAUCUAUUUCGAUCCUAUUUACAUACCCUGUAGAAAAAAAAAAUCUUGAAACAUACGGUGAAUAGAUUAAAAAUGAAGAGGAAAGUAUUGAUAGCCCUGCUUUAAAAGGUGAACGAAAAGCGAAUGCAGAGUAAGAGAAAAAUCGUCUAUAUGCCGAUGAUACAACGCACUUUUGUUACUGUUGUUGUAGUAAUGUAAUGAGGCAACCCUAGAAAAAGUAGUUCUGCGAGCUAUGAUAAACAGUAAAUGCAAGACAUUUUUUAAAAGCAAAUUAAAUUGACCCUUUACUGAAUGCAAUUUGCACAGCGAAUGUUGCGCUUUUUAAAGUCACCUUUGUUUCAGAUAAUUCUUUAUUGCAUGGAUCAAAAAAAACGAUGAACCCGGGGGCUUACAUGGCACUGGUGGUCAAGCAAGAAAAACGGGUUAUGUCACAAGAUGUGCUGCUGAUGAUUAUUUGAGAGAAAACCAAAACAAAACUACAAACGGAAUCUUCUUGGAAUACCCAAAAUAACGAAUAUUCUCGAGUUCGCACAAGUACGAUCCGCGUUCUCUCCGGAUUUUGGAGGAAAGUAUCGCAUUUUUUUUACUGAUAAAAAUAAAAAUAAAAAUAGCAGAGCGAGGUUUUGAUCCUCGGACCUCUGGGUUAUGGGCCCAGCACGCUUCCACUGCGCCACUCUGCUUCGCGUGUCUUUGAGAAGUUUCUUUGCUGCUCCGAUUAGUAAGAGUUCCCAGAUGCCUGUGCGAGCAAAGCGCGAAAGUUGGAAUGAUAGGAACACAGGGUACGUUUAAGGUGAAGUGAUGGUGAUUUACUGUUGCCUUGGAAUCCCGUUGGUAAAAAUCUAUUUAUGAUAACCAAAAGCUGAGCAAAAAUUGGUAAGCAGCUGAUGCAACAGUAAACCAAUAUUAAACCAGGCUUCUUUUUUCUUUUUUAUGGUGGCUGUUGUUUAUCAGCUUUUUCUAUACUAACGUCGACAGAGUGACGCAUUCACCAGAAGCGUACUGGGCCAUAACUCGGAUGUCUGAGGAUCAAAACCUCGCUCUGCUAUAACGUUCUGUUGCUGUUGUUUUUCGUUCUAUGCAGUUGUGUAAAAGAAGACUACUGAAGAAAAAAUCUACGAAGUUUCUCCAGCCGAGAAACAAGUGUCAAGAUUAAAUAUGUACCGAUUUAAAACGUUGGCAACUUGGAUUCCUCGGUAUUCCUUUUUGUUUUUGAUGUUGGUCAAAGGAGCGUUUCUUAAAAAUCCCGUUCAAAUUUCAGGCCCGAAAAAUCAAAAUCUAUAAAAAUGGUGCAUUAUUUUGCCACCAAACUUGCCCAAAUUGUUGUUUUAUAACUUACAAACUCUUCCCAUUGCUUUCAAAACCAACAAAUCUGGAAUCUUUAAUGCAAAUACUAAAGAAACGUCCUGGGCUAUUGUCGGCUUUAUAGAGAUGAUAAGCUGUUAGCAGCACUACCACAGUCGCCGGAUUCUCUUCUACUAGAAAAUACCCGAAAUAUCCAGGGCCCAGAAUCCUUGGAGGGGAAAAGGCGAAUAACGAGGCGCAAAAAUAAAGCGAGCAAAGGGCCGUGUUGAAAAAUACAAUCGUGGAACCUGUUACAGGGCAAGUGCAACAGAUAGCAAGAAAAAGAAGCUGACGGUCGUAGUUAUUGCUGUGAAAAAGUGUUUAAAUUUCGCGACAAAACGUAGUCGGCAGGAUUCGAACCUGCGCGGGGAAACCCCAAUGGAUUUCAAGUCCAUCGCCUUAACCUCUCGGCCACGACUACAAGCUUGUACUUAACGGUACGAAUAACAAAUUGCAUUGAAUAUUAGUUUUGUACAAGUAGUUGAAGUUUGAUUCGACUUGGAAAUAGAAGACAUACAGGCAAGCGUAGUAUGCGGAAUGGGUAGCCUGUAUCAUUAGAUCAUAUAAUUAUAACACCGUGCACUUCUGACUACGAUUCCGAAUCCGUCGCCAGCGAAAACCAGCCUUAAGCGUCAAAAGUUCAUACACGUGGACUUAGAGACGUCAGUAUACCGUUAAACCUUACAGUAAUUAUCCGAAUCAGACUCAAAUAUGACUUGCCAUCAAGACGUGUCCAUAAUCACGACUAAGAUGUUGAUCAUUCUGACACAUAUUAAACGAGGUUGAGCAAAAUAUCGUGAUUUGUAGUGGCAAGCAGAUCAAUUAUUCCACGAGAUACUGACAAAUCACGGUAUUUUGUGAUAACCGAGUUCAAUAAUUGUAGGCAGUUGCAGGUUACGUGGUGGGUUCUCUGCCAAUAAAGUUUUUCCGGCGCUAGAUAACCUGUAACUCAUUCAUGCAAACCUUAGAGGAUGAACUAUUGACCCACUACUACCACUAAUAUCAUUGCUAUCUAGACCAACAUUUCUCAACGUAUCUUUUAAACGUGGACAGGACAAUCAUUAAGUGGAGAAAAAUUUAAGAGGCUUUACGUUUCACCUACGACUUUAAAUAUAAAAGUUACUGAAAGCACCAAACCCUAACACAACAGCUUGCUCGCAGGCUCUCUGUUGUUGAAGCCGUUUAUGAAAUCCAAAUAUGCAAGACUUUAAUUCAAGCAGCAACUUGUCAUUAAAAAAAACAUUUAACGCCUUUAUUAAACGCGGGUCACUUUGAAUUCUGUUAUACUAAAGAAACGUUUCUCAAUGAGAUCUCAUAAAAGUUAUAGUUAAAGGGUAAGGUACUGUUUUAAAUCUUCCAAAUACCAACGCGAUUCCAAGGCAACAGUAAGUCAACAUCACUUCACCUCAAACGUAUCCUGCGUUCCUAUCAUUCCAACUUUCGCGCUUAGUUCGCACAGGAAUCUGAGAACUCUUACUAAUCGGAGCAGCAAAGAAACUUCUCAAAGACGUGCGAAGCAGAGUGGCGCAGUGGAAGCGUGCUGGGCCCAUAACCCAGAGGUCCGAGGAUCAAAACCUCGCUCUGCUAUUUUUAUUUUUUUACAUCCGCCACUCUCAUUGUAAGAGUUAAACUGCUGGUACACAGUCACACUUCAUUAAAAAAAAAAAAAAGAAAAAAAAAAACACGCAAGUUUUCAGUAAUGCUUUUUCUUUUACAGUUUAAUAUUAUCGUGAAAGACAUCGGUCAAGCACAAACAGUGAAUAACACCGGCGACAAAAUGCUGAUCAUCUGAUGCCGGAAGCGAAAAGUAAAAAAGGCUAAUGCAUAAGUUUAACAUUACUGUGUGUUUGUAUAGCGGAGUUCUUACUGAUGUUUUCAGCGGCCAGCGACGUUGUUUCAAAAAUUCGGAAUAGAAACCAGAACAAGAAAAAAUUGGCAGCAUGAACUAAAACAAAUCUCUUCAUUUAUUAGAGACAAUAUCAGUGACAUCUUUGUGAUCGUUAACUUUGCCGCUAACGUCUUUCUGUUCGGUCAAGCGAGCUUCACUGCUUGUAAUGGCGUCAGUAGCCUGCAGCGGCUCUUCCAGAACUUUUUGAUUUAAUUGGACCCUAUGGACGGGUCGCAACUUUGUUUUUCGGGCUGGGGUCCAUUGUUAACUUUAUUUGUUCAUUGUUUUCUCAACCAAUCCCGUGAUAUCUUCCAAGAACUACAAGGUCGCCAGUAUCGCGCCGUCGAUCUGUAAAUAACCCGACGUGCAAAAAAAAAAAAAAAACCAGGCAGCCUGGGUAUAUAUGCCGCAUUUCUGGCCUAAUAUGAGUAAAAAGUGGCAUGAAAAAGUCAAAAAUUAAAAGGGUAACUAUCGUAGUCGGCAGGAUUCGAACCUGCGCGGGGAGACCCCAAUGGAUUUCUAGUCCAUCGCCUUAACCACUCGGCCACGACUACUUCCGGUUCAUAAUGGGGUGGAUACCAGAGUAAUCCCGGGAAAAAACCCGGCUUUGUUAAGAGUUGUCCGAAGAAAAAACAAUAUGGCGAAAGGUUGUUCUUUCACUGCUCCUCACGUUAGCGAGAACUGUAGCAGUUCAAGGCUACAUAGAUCUAGAUCGCUAUCGGAUCUUGGUUUUUUUUUUUUGCGUUGUUCUCUAAGAGUCAAUGAGAUAAACCGACCCAAUAGUGAUUCAGAUAUUUGUUCAAAGGUGUUCAACAAACAUUGCCGUUGUGUGAGUAUGUGCCGUUUCUGUCUCUAAAUUUAGAAGGCGGGUGAAAACGUCAUUGCUGAGAUGAUCUAUUUCGACCCUAUUUACACACCCUGUAGAAAAAAAAAAUCUUGAAACAUACGGUGAAUAGAUUAAAAAUGAAGAGGAAAGUAUUGAUAGCCCUGCUUUAAAAGGUGAACGAAAAGCGAAUGCAGAGUAAGAGAAAAAUCGUCUAUAUGCCGAUGAUACAACGCACUUUUGUUACUGUUGUUGUAGUAAUGUAAUGAGGCAACCCUAGAAAAAGUAGUUCUGCGAGCUAUGAUAAACAGUAAAUGCAAGACAUUUUUUAAAAGCAAAUUAAAUUGACCCUUUACUGAAUGCAAUUUGCACAGCGAAUGUUGCGCUUUUUAAAGUCACCUUUGUUUCAGAUAAUUCUUUAUUGCAUGGAUCAAAAAAACGAUGAAGCCAGGGGCUUACAUGGCACUGGUGGUCAAGUAAGAAAAACGAGUUUAUGUCACAAGAUGUGCUGCUGAUGAUUAUUUCAGAGAAAACCAAAACAAAACUACAAACGGAAUCUUCUUGGAAUACCCAAAAUAACGAAUAUUCUCGAGUUCGCACAAGUACGAUCCUCGUUCUCUCCGGAUUUUGGAGGAAAGUAUCGCAUUUUUUUUACUGAUAAAAAUAAAAAUAGCAGAGCAAGGUUUUGAUCCUCGGACCUCUGGGUUAUGGGCCCAGCACGCUUCCACUGCGCCACUCUGCUUCGCGUGUCUUUGAGAAGUUUCGUUGCUGCUCCGAUUAGUAAGAGUUCCCAGAUGCCUGUGCGAGCAAAGCGCGAAAGUUGGAAUGAUAGGAACGCAGGAUACGUUUAAGGUGAAGUGAUGGUGACUUACUGUUGCCUUGGAAUCGCGUUGGUAAUAAUCUAAUUGAUAACCAAAAGCUGAGCAAAAAUUGGUAAGCAGCUGAUGCAAGAGUAAACCAAUAUUAAACCAGGCUUCCUUUUUUUUUUUAUAGUGACUGUUGUUUAUCAGCUUUUUCUAUACUAACGUUAGCAGAGUGCCGCAUGCAGUGGAAGCGUACUGGGCAAUAACUCGGAUGUCUGAGGAUCAAAACCUCGCUCUGCUAUAACGUUUUGUUGUUGUUGUUUUUCGUUCCAUGCAGUUGUGUGAAAGAAGACUACUGAAGAAAAAAUCUUCAAAGUUUCUCCAGCCGAGAAACAAGUGUCAAGAUUAAAUUUGUACUGAUUUAAAACGUUGGCAACUUGGAUUCCUUGGCAUUCCUUUUUGUUUUUGAUGCUGGUCACGGGACGGUUUCUUAAAAAUCCCGUUCAAAUUUCAGGUCCGAAAAAUCAAAAUUUAUAAAAAUGGUGCAGUAUUUUGCCACCAAACGUGCCCAAAUUGUUGUUUUAUAACUUACAAACUCUUCCCAUUGCUUUCAAAACCAACAAAUCUGGAAUCUUUAAUGCAAAUACUAAUUAUAAAGAAACGUCCUGGGCUAUUGUCGGCUUUAUAGAGAUGAUAAGCUGUUAGCAACACUUCCACAGUCGCCGGAUUCUCUUCUACUAGAAAAUACCCGAAAUAUCCAGGGCUUAGGAUCCUUGGUGGGAAAAAAGGCGAAUAGCGAGGCGCAAAAAUACAGAGAGCAAAGGGCCGUGUUGAAAAAUACAAUCAAGGAACUUGUUAAAGGGCAAGUGCAACAGACAGUAAGAGAAAGAAGCUGACGGUCGUAGUUAUUGUAUAUUGCUGUGAGAAAGUGUUUACCUUUCGGACAGAACGUAGUCGGCAGGAUUCGAACCUGCGCGGGGAUGCCCCAAUGGAUUUCAAGUCCAUCGCCUUAACCUCUCGGCCACGACUACAAGCUUGUUGAUAACGGUAGGAAUACAAAAUUGCACUGAAUAUUAGUUUUAUAAAAGUAGUUGAAGUUUGAUUCGACUUGGAAAUAGAAGACAAAGUUUUCUUUCGUACCAGGCUCAUGAAAUAUAGGCAAGCGUAGGAUGCGGAAUGGGUAACUUGUAUCACUAGAUCAUAUAAUUAUAACACCGUGCAAUUCUGACUAUGAUUCCGACUCCGUUGCUAGCGAAAACCAACCUUAAGCGUCAAAAGUUCAUACAUAUGGACUUAGAGACGUCAGAAUACCGUUAACCCUUACAGUAUCCGACUCACACUCAAAUAUGACUUGCCAUCAAGACGUGUCCAUAAUCACGACUAAGAUGUUGAUCAUUCUAACAUAUUAGAGGAGGUUGAGCAAAAUAUCGUGAUUUGUCAGUGGCGAGCAGAUCAAUUAUUCUGCGAGACACUGACAAAUCACGAUAUUUUGCGAUAACCGAAUUUAAUAAUUGUAGGCAGUUGCAGGUCACGUGGUGGGCUCUCCGCCAAUAAAGUGUUUUCGGUGCAAACCUUAGCGGAUAAACUACUGACCCACUACUACCACCAAUAUCAUUGCUAUCUAGGCCAACAUUUCUCAACGUAUCUUUUAAACGUGGACAGGGCAAUCACUAAGUGGAGACAAAUUUAAGAGGCUUCACGUUUUAUCUACGACUUAAAAUAUAAGAGUUACUGAAAGCACUAAACCCUAACACAACAGCUUGCUCGCAGGGUCUCUAUUAUUGGAGCCGUUUAUGAAAUCCAAAUGAUACAAGACUUUAAUUCAAGCAGCCACUUGUCAUUUUAAAAAAAAAACAUUUAAGCCUUUAUUAAACACGGGUCACUUUGAAUUCUGUUAUACUACAGAAACGUUUCUCAAUGAGAUCUCAUAAAAGUUAUAGUUAAAGGGUAAGGUACUGUUUUAAAUCUUCCAAAUACCAACGCGAUUCCAAGGCAACAGUAAGUCACCAUCACUUCACCUUAAACGUAUCCUGCGUUCCUAUCAUUCCAACUUUCGCGCUUACCAUCAUCAGAGCAGCAAAGAAACUUCUCAAAGACACGCGAAGCAGAGUGGCGCAGUGGAAGCGUGCUGGGCCCAUAACCCAGAGGUCCGAGGAUCAAAACCUUGCUCUGCUAUGUUUUUUUUCUUGACUUAUUUUUGAGAUUUUUUUGUUUCACUUUUUACUUACUUUUUUCCGUGUUGAUUUACCAACUUGAAAAGUUUUUCUUCCCUCUUUUGAAAUGGGAAGAGCAAAGCAGCAGAAGCAAAGUGAAACCAGGAGAGAAUACUAGUCAAUGUAAACGAAUUUACAGAUUGAAAUCUAGUGCAAAUGAAAAAGGGUAUUUCUUUUUAACACUUACUCACUAUUUUUUUAAUCGAGGUGCAAAACUGUUGAGACUGUCUUGACAUUUACGAUCUACACCAGCUUUACAGAGACUGUGACAAGAUCUCUUUAGAUAACUCGGAAGAACUUCUCUGGAUCGCCGAUAGCAGAGUGGCGCAGUGGAAGCGUGCUGGGCCCAUAACCCAGAGGUCCGAGGAUCAAAACCUCGCUCUGCUAAAGGAAUUUCCCUUUUUCACUCUUUUUUAAAAAUUGUUUUCCUUGUUCCUGUAGCGCGUAUAGUAGUAUGCAACACAGAGCAACCUCUUAAGAUAGAAGUCGCAAAAAAACUUGGAUAAUCCUUUUGUGAUUGAUUUCUUUUUCUUUCUAUGUUUUUUAAUUUAAUUAGUUUUCAACUCGUUGGUGAUACCAGAGCAUAUAGAAAGUAAUCGAAAUAUAAUUUUAACAUCUUUUUGACCAAGUAUAAAUCAUCCCUACGACGGGCUCUGUGAUAAUCUAAAGCAAAUGUUGUACUUUCCAACGUUUACGUUUAUAUCAUUGUGUUGAUCAGAAAAACCUUUUGAUUUACUUUUAAGUAAAUCCUCCACGAAGAUUCAGUGGGAGAGAUAAAACGGCUUUGGUGUGACUCGAUUACUGUUCCUUUUUUUCACUGAUCAUUUUCUGGUCUUCAUGUAGGUCAAUUAAUUCUCUAGCCUGCCAAUACCGCCACGUCUCCACGGUCGAUCCCUGCUAUCGCUGGGCACGCUUCGCGAGACUUCCCCAGCGACGGGGAGCGAUGAUGUAUUAACAGGCUCUUAAUUCUCAUGUUUAAUCGCAAAAGAGAGAAAUAGUGACAUUUCCUUACUUCAGUAUGUACAGGAAUAGAGUAGUCGUGGCCGAGUGGUUAAGGCGAUGGACUAGAAAUCCAUUGGGGUCUCCCCGCGCAGGUUCGAGUCCUGUCGACUACGAUAGAAGAUAUGUUUUUUGCCAUACCUUUAAAUGUAAUCUAUGUUGUAAAAUGACCCUGGGUGCCAUAGUUUCUUCUUUCCUAAAUCACGAAUCUGCCAUCAUGCCAUAGGGAGACGCAACGCUCCGAAGAAACACUAUGCUUAGCAGUAAAUGUCGUCCUUGAUAAUUUGACAACAGAGAUCUGUCCGAAUCGUAUUAUUUACUGAUUAUAUAUUUUCAGAAUUAAUCGGCGAGUAAAGGCCGAACUUGAUUUCGUUCAUAUUAUUUUCAUUAAUACACGCUGUAGUAGCGAAAUUCUAAUCCGCACCUCAGAAAUUCUAUGGAAAUGGGUACAAGCUUUGUUUCCAGUGAUUUCUGGGAUGGUUUGGGUGUACAGGCGUUAGUUAUGAUCCAGGUUGCUCGUUAGUAUUUAAGGCAACCAUUAACCGAUCAUAAGUAACGCUUGUCCACCCAAUGGUCCCAGAAAUCGCUGCGCCGAAAGCUUGUACCUUUCCCCUUUAUAGUUUGUGGAGUGAGGAACUGCGAAAAAUUGCCUUAGA